AGGUAAAAUGGCAUCGGCCAUAUCUUCCGUUGCGCCGCAAGCGGCAAAUUUCGCGCGGCGCGCCAUCUUAUUUUUUCCUUCUAAUUUCCUAGCUUUAUGUUUAGACUAGCAAGACUAAUUUACGUUACAUUGCCGGCUACUAAGAUAAACUUCAUUCAAAAAAAUCUGGCUAAUUAUAAUCUAGCUAGCGAAACGUCAUUUAUGAAAGGCGUUUCGAUUACCCCAAUCUAUCCGAUCGAUCGAUCUGCCAUUUUAGUACAAAAUCAGAAGUAAAUUGGCCAAUUAAACUAUUGCAUUUUUAACCGACUUCAAUUUCAUAUAAGGAGGAGGUUCUGUAUUCGGUUGUGGCUAUUUUUUAGUAAGUAUAUAAAAACCACAUAAAAACAACUUACUUAAACAAUAAUCAGUUAUACGAUAAGUUUGGGCCAGGCAGGCAAAGUAUCACUUCGAUAUAAUCAUUGUCGUUUCAUAACACCGAAUCAUGAUCGAUGUACAUUAGUACAAUCUCCAAUGCACAUUAUACACAAUUUCCUUUCCAAUGCCGAUGCCGUAACCACAAAUGCCGCAAUCGCUCGGCGCUGCACGGCGCGGCAACGUCGCGUCUGCCGCGCCGCACCGCGCCCUCAUUGAUCGUACGUCAGUUGCCGCGGCAACGCUGCGAGAUCAUCAUGGUGUUCAGUAAAAUACAAAUGUCUGAUAGUGCCACAAUGAAAUUAAUUAAAGAAGUGCAGAAACACGGAUGUAUUUGGAAUCCUGAGGACGAAAACUACAGCGAUAGACAGCAUUUGUUGGUGGCGUGGGACGAAAUAGCGAAAGCGCUGGAUAUGCCAGAGGAUAUCAUCCGUGGAAAAUGGAAGAUUUUGCGUGACUUCUUCAAGAGGGAAGUAAAAAGGAAGAACGUCACUUCCGUAGAAGAAUACAAAGGUAGAUGGCGAUACUUCAAUAGCCUCGGCUACCUACUACAUCUCUCCUUGCCAAGAGGGGAAGAGGAAGACGACCACGCGAGCGAGAAAGUUGAUGUCGAGAUAGAAUACGAACCAAAAUACGCCCCAAACUCUAACCUUGAGGUGUAUUUAGAAGAUCCGAUCCCAGAAAAACGUUUCAAACCAAAUGAUUCAGAGGACUACGAUUUGAUGUUUUUGAAGUCGCUAACGCCAUUUUUUAAGCAACUGGAACCGACUAGGAACUUGGUAGUAAGGAGCAGGAUACAAGAUAUGUUGCUGAAUGAGAUAGCUGCGCAGAAUAUGAACAGGAAUAAGAUAAUGUCGCAUCGCUCUUGCUGCACGACGCGGCAACGUCGCGUCUGCCGCGCCGCGCCCCUUCGACCGCGGCGUCAGUUGCUGCGGCCACGCCGCGCGAUAGACAUGGCCUCCAAAAUCCAAAUGUCUGACAGUGAUACUUUGAGGUUAAUUAAAGAAAUGAAGAAACAUGGUUGUGUCUGGAAUCCUGAUGAUGAAAACUACGGCGAGAGGUCCCAGUUGUCGGUGGCAUGGGCGGACGCCGCGAAAACGCUGGAUAUGCCAGAAGACAUCAUCCGCGUAAAAUGGAAGAAUCUCCGCGAUUUCUUCAAGAAAGAAGUAAAAAAGAACGACAUUCAUUCCAAAGACGAUUACGGAGGAAGAUGGCGAUACUUCAAAAGCCUUAGCUACCUACUACGACCAGAGGAAGAGGAAGAGGAACAGACAGAUAGCGAGCAAGAAGAGAAAGAGAUAGACUAUGAAUCUAAAUACAUCCCAGACUCAAAUCUCGAAGUGUAUUUAGAAGAAGACCCGCUUCCUGAGAAACGUUUGAAAAAAGAUUAUGAAGACUAUGAUUUGAUGUUCCUGAAGUCACUGACGCCAUUUUUGAGGCAACUGGAACCUACUAGGAAUUUGGUAGUUAGGAGCAGGAUGCAAGAUAUGUUACUGAAUGAGAUAGCUGCGCAGAACGUGAAUAAGAAAAAGUUAUAGCGAAGGAAAAGUGCUAGCGCGGAAGGAGACUUGUGUAAAGUCAAAUGUGAAUAAGACAGGGUUAUUUUGUUGAUCGUGACGUGAUUGAUUUAUGAAGAAGUAAAAGAAUAGAAGUUCA